AUGUAUACGAAUACCAAAACACCACGAACUGAAGAACAAAUUCGAAGGCUGAAAUGUCAGAAAUAUGCAUUUGCGCUUCUGGCUAACGAUUUACCUAUACCGAAUCACGUAUUUAUAGGAAUGAUGUCUUCUGCACAAGUAGAAAAAUUUUUGACAGCGCAGUCUCUGAAACCUUCGUUGAAGUUUCCCAUGAAAAUAUCAGAGGAUGAUUCGCAACAACCCGUUUGUAUACCUUAUAUUCCCACACCAGAACAGGUUACUGAAAUGCAAAAGUCUACUUUUGACCAUGAUCAAGAAAUACGUAAUAGAAUUAAUAAACGAAUAGAAGAUCUUGAAAAGUUACCUUCAAACUUGGCUAAUGAUCCUUUUAAAGUCGGUCAUGUUGAUGAUUCAAAUAAUACCACUUUACGACAAGAAGUAUUGCAAUACUCAAACUACCGAAAACCAGAACCUAUCCGAUCAAUGGCUGCAUAUAGACGGAAGGUGGUGCUACCUGUGCGUGACUGGCCUACAACAGAAAGGGCUGAGAGGGAACGAGUUCAAGCACGUUUGCGUCGUGUGAGAGAAUCUAGAUUAGAGUAUAUCAAUGCUAUUUGUCUACAUGGUCAAGAAAUUAGAUACGCGCAGGAUGUAAAAUAUGAGAAACGCAUUAAGAUGGGACGUGCAAUAUUAAACUUUCAUUCAAAUAUUCAAAAACAAGCGCAAAAAGAGAAAGAACGAGUUUCUAAAGAACGUAUUAAUGCGCUUAAGAACAAUGAUGAAGAGGCGUAUUUGAAACUUAUUGAUCAAGAGAAAGAUACUCGUAUCACACAUCUAUUACGUCAAACUGAUACAUAUUUGGAAUCUUUGACGCAAGCUGUCGUUGAUCAGCAAAAUCAUCAUCGUCGUUUGAAUAAAGGUAAAGGUAGAUUACUAGAUUCUACCGAUCAUACGGUAACAUCUAGUAGUAUCCCAGCUACUGAAGAUGAGGAUAAUAUAAUUGAAACAUUGGAUGGUAAAAAGAUUGAUUAUUAUGCUGUUGCGCAUCGAAUUCAAGAGAAUGUUGAGCAGCCGAAUAUUCUCAUUGGUGGCUUGUUAAAAGAUUAUCAGAUAAAAGGUCUCCAAUGGAUGGUGUCGUUGUACAACAAUCAUUUGAACGGCAUUUUGGCCGAUGAAAUGGGUCUGGGAAAAACUAUUCAAACUAUUUCGUUAAUCACGUACCUCAUUGAAAAGAAAAGACAGAAUGGUCCAUUUCUGAUCAUUGUUCCAUUAUCUACUAUGACUAAUUGGCAAAUGGAAUUCGAAAAAUGGGCACCUAUGGUCUCUGAAAGAUUAUGUAUAUAUAAAGGCACACCGACUGAGAGAAAGUCCUUACAAAGAAAAUAUUUACGUUGCCUGGAUUUUUAUGUCUUUUUAACGACCUAUGAAUAUAUAAUCAAAGAUAAAACAGUCUUGAGCAAACCGCGGUGGCUUUAUUGCAUUAUAGAUGAAGGCCAUCGUAUGAAGAAUGUCAAUUCAAGACUUUCUUUAGUUUUAAGUAAAGAAUAUAAUUUUAGAUAUCGACUUAUUCUUACAGGAACUCCAUUACAGAACAACUUGCCUGAACUUUGGUCAUUAUUGAACUUUGUCUUGCCUAAAAUAUUCAAUUCCGUUAACAGUUUUGAAGAAUGGUUUAAUACACCAUUUGCGAAUGCUGGUGGUCAAGACAAAAUUGCCUUAAAUGAAGAAGAAUCUCUACUUGUUAUUCGUCGACUACAUAAGGUGUUAAGACCUUUUCUCCUUCGUCGUUUAAAAAAGGACGUUGAAUCCGAAUUGCCAGAUAAAGUUGAACGUGUUAUCAAAGUUAAAUUAUCAGCUUUGCAGAUAAAGCUCUAUCAUCAAAUGCAAAAGCAUGGUGCUCUCUUUGUAAAUAAAGGAGAAAAAGGAAAAACUGGCAUUAAAGGGCUUAAUAAUACUAUAAUCCAGCUUCGUAAGAUUUGCUGCCAUCCUUUCGUAUUCAAAGAAGUUGAAACUGAUGUUAACACGACAAAUGACGAAACAAUGUUAACCAGAGUUUCGGAUGACCGCUAUAAUGGAUAUCAUGGAAGAUUAUCUUCACUGGCGUCACUACAGGCUGAAGAACGAACAAGGCUUUUAAAAGAUUUUAAUGCACCUGAUUCCCCGAACCCGCAUCAAGAUCUUCAAGCACAAGACAGAGCCCAUCGCAUUGGACAAACAAAUGAAGUUCGAAUUCUACGAUUGAUAAGUCAAAAUUCUAUCGAAGAGACCGUCCUUGCUAGAGCUCAAUAUAAACUUGACAUUGAUGGGAAAGUCAUCCAAGCUGGAAAAUUUGAUCAAAAGAGUACUCCCCAAGAACGUGAAGCCUAUUUGCGUUCUCUCGUGGAAGGGUCUAACGUUGAAGGAAAUGAUGUAGAUGAACGUGCGGAAUUGGAUGAUGAUGAAAUUAAUGAAAUUCUUGCGAGGAACGAAGAUGAAUUCGCAUUGUUCAAACAAAUCGAUAUACAAAGAGUUCGUGAUGAAGAGGCUGAAUGGCGUAAAAAAGGCAAUCUCGGACCUGUACCUAAUAGACUUAUCCAGGAGAACGAAUUGCCUGAUGUAUAUUUGAGAGAGUAUGAGACACUUCCUGAUACUGGAGUUGAGUAUGGCCGUGGACAAAGACAACGCAAGGAAGUAAUUUAUGACGAUGGCUUAACAGAGGAUCAAUUUUUAAAUGCUGUUGAAAACAAUGAAGAUCUUGAAGGCUUAAUCGCUAAAAAGCAAUUACGUCGACAAGCAAAAAAGAAGCGUAGAGAUGCCAUUAACACUGAAGAAUCAUCGCCUCACCCUAAUGAGAUUGAUGAGAUAUUAGAUACUACUAUGCAGACACAACCUGCAUCAGGAGUUAUAAAUAGGAUAACACUUAAACGUACAGCAGGUGAAAUUGAUGCCGAUGAGACGGAAGGAACGCAAGACGCAGAUGCAUCUGUUGAUACGAACGCUACUCCAAGGGUUUCUCGGCGUAAAUCUAGAAAAUUAUCACAUUCUAUUAAAGAACAAUCUUAUUCGGGCCAAAAAAGGGGUCGUAAGUCUGAUAUGAUUGUAGAUUCAGAAGAAGCCGCUGCUACUGUUGUCGAGGCACUUACAGAAUUAUCAGUGAUUUCUAAUCAGAAAAAAAAGGGCAGAAGACGCAAAUUUGAUAGUGUCGAAGGCGACAAUGAAUCGUCAUCUUCAGUUAAAAAAAAGGGUAAAAGUCGUAAAACAGAUAGCAUUGAAGUUUUCAUAGAACCAUCAACUCUAGCUAAAAAGAAAGGAAAAGGACGUAAGAUAGACGAAGUCAUUGAUGAUGAUUCACAAGAUGCAUUAAAGCUAAAACCCAAGAAAUUUAGUAAAGAAGAGUCAUCACUGAAGACUAUUCUUGCAGAAUGUCUCGACUAUAUUGAAACUUUGACCGAUGAAACAAAUGGAAGAGCCAUUCUUUUUCUUGAACUUCCGAGUAGGAAGAAAUACCCAUAUUAUUAUGAGCAAAUUGAGCAUCCUAUUGCAAUCAAUAUAAUCCGCCAAAAAAUAAGCCGUGAUGAAUACAAAGCGGCAGAGCAGUUUAAGAAUGAUGUAUACUUAAUGUUUGGUAAUGCUAAGACUUUUAAUAUUGAAGGGUCCCAAGUUUAUGCCGAUGCAGAAAUUAUGCAGGCCGCGUUUGAUGAAAAAUUUAGAGCAUUAUGUGAUAAUUUGUGA